AUGAACCUGACCGCCCAUCUUCUGGACCACAUGCUGAAGGCUUCCAACCUCUCUCGCUGGCAGUUCAUCCAGGAAUUCUCCAUUCCUCCUCUGGUGGCCGUGCCCAGACUCCCUAGCACCCUGCUUCCAGUUUUUGGUCUGCUCUACGUGCUCAUCUUUGGGCUUGCGGUGGUGGGAAACGGAGCGGUGCUGGUUCUCUUAUGUCGCAGGAAGGCUCUGCAGUCUCCCAGCACCUUCUUCAUUUGUUCUCUGGCACUCAGUGACCUCCUGAUAUCCAUAGUGUGUGUUCCUGCCACACCGCUGCAGCACUUCUUCACCAACUGGUUGGCAGGUGAUUUCCUGUGCAAGUUAAUACCAUUCCUACAAGUGACAGCCAUUGCGACCAGCAUGCUCACCAUGACUUGUAUUGCAGUAGAGCGUUUCCAGGGAAUCCUUUAUCCUCUGCAUGUCCACAACAGCUACUUUCUUUGUCAUGCCUUCAAGAUGCUGGUGGUCGUGUGGUUGGUUGCCCUGGCAAUCGCGGCUCCUAUGUGGUUUGUUCAGAAAGUGGAGGUGAAAUAUGACUUUCUGUUUGAUGUCCACCACACCUGUUGUUUGGAAGUAUGGCCAAGCCAGCACCAGAGGAGAGCCUACACUACCUGUUUGUCCGUCCUGGUGUUUCUGGCCCCCUUGACGACCAUGGCCAUCCUCUACUGGAAGAUCAUGCGGGAGCUCUGGGGCAAGCACAAAGUACACGACGCCAUGUUUCAAACGCUCCCAGGAUCUGAAAUUAACAAGAUUACCAGGAGGAAGAAGCGUGCAGUAAGAAUGAUGGCCACCGUGGUGCUGCUCUUUGUCGCAUGCUGGGCACCUUUCCAUCUGGUCUCCCUCCUGCUUGACUACGGUACCACAACACUCCUUGUGCUCUUCCCUCUUGCUUACUGUUGUCAAUCUCCCUGUUUUUCUUCUUCCCCUCACAAGAAAUGA